AUGGACUCGACGCGAGGGCCGGCGGCCGAACCAGCGCUCCCCGCCCCGACACUAGCAGCAGCUUCGUCGACCUCGUCAGCCUCGUCCGCCUCAUCGGCAUCGGCAUCGGCAUCGACUUCGUCAACAGCGUCCGCGUCUGCAUCCUCGUCAGCUCCCGCUCCGGCCACGGCCUCGACGGCCGAAACCAAAACAGCAUCAACGUCAACAACAGCAUCAGCAUCCUCAUCAUCGUCAGCAUCGGCAUCGGGCUCCCCCCUCAAACGCCCGGCCCCGUCUCUGCUGCCGCCCUUUGAGCCUCUCUCGUCCUCCCCCGGCCUGCCCCGGCCGUCCAAACGCCAGAAUGUCGGCACCGGCUCGGGCACAGGCGCCCAUCUGCGGUAUCCCACGCCCGUGCCCACGUCCAGCACCGGCAUCUUGUCCAGCUCGCCGCUGCGCGAGAAGAUGAGCAUCGGGCUGCUGGAACGGGCGCCGCUGUCGGCCGUGCCGUCGAUUGAGCUCAACGAGAACGGCGAGACGCUGCUCAUGGGCCGCUCGUCCAACUCGUCGCACUUCCAGCUGUCGGCCAACCGUCUCAUCUCGCGCGUCCACGUCCGCGCGCGCUACGUGCAGGCCGCCACGCCGCUCGAGGCCAGCAAGAUCGAAAUCACCUGCAACGGCUGGAACGGCCUAAAGCUGCAUUGCCAGGGCCGCACCUGGGAGCUGCUCAAGGGCGACAGCUUCACCAGCGAGACCGAGGGCACCGAGAUCAUGGUUGACGUCCACGACGCCCGCGUGCUGAUCCAGUGGCCCAAGCGCAGCUCCUCGGCCGCCGACGCCAACGGCCUGCUGUCCGAUGCAAGCUGGGAGGACUCGCCGCCCCCCGCAAGCGCGCGCGCCUCGGCCGCCGCGAUGCUGCAGGCGUCCCCCUUGCGGAGAGCCGCGCGUAUCCAGUCGCCCGACAGUCCCACGCCUGCCCCACGCCGGCGGUCUGUGGUAGCAGCAGACGAGGACGCCGGCAUCCAGAUCUACGAGGACGACGACGACGACGACUACAUGCCGGACUCUGACGACCGCGAGGACCCGGACGUCGCCGUCAGCAUGCGCACCGAGGCCACCGCCAGCUUCUCCAGCGACGAGGGCUCCGGCGAGGACGACGAGAGCGACCCCGAUGAGGAGAACGACCCCGUCGUCCUCUCCUUUGGCCCGUACGGCGCCAACAUCUCGACGCGUCUCGCGUCCAUCACGACAAAGUCGCCUCGCGUCACGAAGCGAUCCCUGAAGAAGGGCUCGUCUGAGACGCCUCGGCCGAGCAAGUCGGGGGAAGGGGAAGGGGAAGGGAACGAGGACAAUGACGAGGAUGAGGAGCCGACGAGGAUCCCGUCGGAGGCAGACGCUGCCAUCUCCAACCACGUCGUCAACCAGCUCGCCUUCUCCCGGCUGUCCUCGACGCCGCUGUCGACCAUCAUGCACAACCUGCCCGCCGAGCAAAUCAAGGACAUUUCCCGCGACGCCCUGAGGCUCCUGAUCGAGACGACGCCCUGCAUUGGCAUCAUCAAGCGCCAGGGCAAGGACGCCGCCGGCAAGCCCCUGGAGAGCGAGUACUAUUACAUCCCCGAGGACGACACUGACAUGCAGCGCAGGGCGGCGGUGGUUGAUGGACUCCGGAAGCCCAGCUUGCGGGCGUGUCGAAAACAACACAAGCAAUACUACUGGAAGCGCCCCAAGACGCCUUAG